AGAGACUUGAAACCGCUUGAAACUGAAAGUUAGUGUGAAGUAAAUUCAGCGUUAUCCGAGAUAAAAUAGAGCCACCUCGCUCAUUAAAUGAUAAAAACAGGUUGAAAGGGCAGAAGUGAUGGACAAACUUGAAGACUGUGAAAGUUUUUUGGAGAAUGUGGACAAAAUAAGUGAGCUAGUGAAGGAUCUGAAGUCCUCUGAGGUUAAAGUCCAGCAAGAAGCAAUGGAGAAAGCAGAUCGUUACAUUGCUGCCUUGGAUGAACCCUGCAGGACAAAAGUCAGCAAGACUACAAUCAACACAAACCCACCACUUCAGCUUUCCUCAAGUCUGCACAAUGAAAGUCCAGAUCAUUUCAUGAAGAUUAUGGAGAGAGAUGCAGAAGACAGGAGAGUAAGGAGGAUUGCAAAAGCAAAAAAGGCCACUGCGCUCAAAGAAAAGGGGAAUGAAGCGUUUGCUCAAGAAGACUAUGAAACUGCUGUGAAGUAUUACAGCGAUGGCUUGGCUGAACUACGGGACAUGCAGCCAUUGUACACCAACCGAGCACAAGCCUACAUCAAGCUGGGGAGGUACACGGAGGCCAUCAGUGACUGUGAAUGGGCCCUGAAGUGUGAUGAGAGGUGCAUAAAAGCGUAUCUACACAUGGGGAAAGCGUACCAGGCAUUAAAGAAAUAUAAUGAGGCUAGAAACUGCUUUGAAAAGAUUGUGGAAAUUGAACCUGCGAGGGAGAAGAUGGUGACAGAAUACCUGACCCAGGUAGAUUUGGAAGAGGUAAGAGAGAGUCAGGAAAUGAAUGCGAUGCAAGAGUUUGACAAGGGAGAGGGGAAUGCCACAAGAGUGCCCCAGGUGCUGGGGAAGCUGUCAAGGCCCGACCAGAUUCCCUUGUACUACUGUGGAGGAUUGGAGAUUCUGUCACGAGCAGUUACUGACUGUACAGGCCAGACCCUUUUCAGACUGAACAAUGGCUUUAGUAUCAUCAGCAGCAAUGACAUGGUGAGGAGUUGCCUGUUGCAGGAAACAAAGGAUCCAGACAGCCAGGAGUUGUGUGUCUCUGUGCUGAAAUUAUGGAGGAUUAUUUGUAUUGGAAACGAUGAAAACCAGAAAAUGUUGAUGGCAUGCCCAGUCGCCAGAGAGUCCACUGUUUCCUUGUUAACAUCAGGGCACGUUGCAGUGUGGAAGGAAUGCCUGUUGUUACUAUCUCUAUACUCACAGAUGCCACAUGGCAGGACCUUGGCCAUUGACAACCUGAAUGUGCACAUGUUAGUGAGGAACCUCAUGGCGUGCAUCUCAAAGCCAAAGCAGCAGCAGGAGAACACAGCGGUCAAGAUUCUGGAGAACUUCGCAGCAGAAAACAAAUUUUGCAUUCAGUUAAGGGACGUGGUCACAGACUCUGUCAUUGUGCCAUUUACAACAAUACUGAGAAAUAUCAGCGAAUCCAAUCAGCUUCUUCUUGCGUCACUGAUAUCAGCUGUUGGCUGCCUGGCUCAAGAUGAUGCCAUCCGUCACAGUUUUGCUCAUGAUCCGGAAUGCUGGAAGGCCUUUGUGGUUGCCAUUAGGCAAUGCAGUGCAUUUGAAUACAAAGAGGUCAUUUACUGCAUGCUUGGUUUGAUCAUCAACCUUUCAGCUCUUCCAUCUCCAGUCAUUCAGGAACAAGCUGUUUCACUCAGCGACUGCUGCCUGGGCCUGCUGAGGGAUAGUGACGGAGGAAUCAUAACUAGAGCCACAGGCGUGCUAAGCACUGUUCUCCCUCAUUCCCUUGAGGCUGUUCAGCAUGUUAUUCAGGGGGAUGUGGUCUGUGCCAUGUGCCGACUGCUGAAGGUACAUACUGGAACAGGGCAGACUGCCACUAAGUAUGCCAUUAAGACUCUGACAGUGUGCACUGCUGCCAGUCACUCAGCACGGGAGAAGCUGGUGAAGUCUGAUAAAAAACUGUCUAUUUUACAUCAUUUGCUGGGUUCCAGCUGUGAUGAGAUGGUGUCAGGAAAUGCAGCCCUCUGCUUGGCCCACUGCCUUGAAUUGGAAGGAAUUGCCAGCACCCUGCUGGGCACUGAUAUUGUGCUGCUGCUGCUGCGCCACACUGCAGGGGACACUAAGAGGACAGCUGUGCGGCAAAAUGCAGCGAUUGCUCUGGGGAAGCUGUGUCGAUCUGAACCCAGACAUAUGAACAAACUUCGAGAACUUCACGGCCUUGAGAUCUUGCACUCCUGUAUGAAGCUCAUCACAUGAACCCAGUAACACAUUCUGCUUGUCAUCAGUUUGGUUCUCCUCUGUAUUCUGUUUUGGGCUUAGACACCUACCCACCUUUCAGGGAGAACAAAAAUUCACUCAAAAACACCAAUCCUGGUAGUUAUGUUAUUCCUUUCCUUUCUAAUUCUUUUUUAAAACUUUGAGCAUUAAUUGCUUUUCCAAUCGAUACCUGUCUUUUUUUAAGUAGUAUAGAUUUUUUUGCUGUCUUGAGAGUAUAAAACUCAAGAAUAAGAUUCUCCUCUUAAUUGCUUCGUCUACAUAAACAAGGUCGUAAACAUUUGAGAUGUUCUUGGCUGUCCUUGUUUUUCAAACCCAUAUGAAUUUAUGUGGUCAAUUACAUACAUAAGUGUGAAUGGAGGUGCAUGUUCAGUUCAUUUUUACCAUCUUUAAUUGUCUAUUAUUAGAUGAAAACAUCAGUAAUUUUUAAUAGCACAUUCUCAUCAAUACUUUCUAUUUUACAAAGCAAAUAAAUAUAUAACAAAAUCCAUCCAAGAUCACGUAUGCAGUGAAACAGAGUGUAAUUGUUUGGUUCUGAAGGGCGGAUAUUGAUCAGACAGCAUUUACAUAUUGAUGUGAGACACAGAUCAGAACAAUGUAUCCCUGUGGUGUUAGGGUUCACAGAGGCUCUUACUCAUCCACCUUGAAGGGCAUUCAUUAAUUUACAAUAAAGAGGUGUGUUACAGGCAAAGAACUGAAUACACUGCUUGCUUAACACUUAGUGUCACUGGCACUUCUGUCCAUUAUUUAUGUGACUAUAAUCACAAGUUUAAACUAGAAGGGCACUUGAAGACGUGUCGUACCUGUGCAUGUGGACUGUGAUAUGGAGUCAUCAUUUUUGGAUGUUUGUCACUUUUAAACUUUGCUUUCAACUACUGGAUUUGAAGAUGUAUGGCAUUUACUUUGCCAAGGCCAAAUGCCCUAUCUCAUGACGUAAACGAAAGUAAAAAACAAAAAAGUGUAUGUGCCUUGCGGUUCAGAUCCACUCCAAAAUGUAAUGGGUUCUUCCUUGGCCCGUGCUUCACCUUCCACCAAGUUUCAUGAAAAACAGACCAGCAGUUUUUCCUGCGGGCAAAAAGACAAACAAACUGAUCAGAAAACACAACCUCCUUGGCAGAAGUAAUAAAGUGUGUGUCCUAAAGGGUCAUUUUACUUCACACCAGCCUUUGGUAUAUCUCUUAUUUUAUGGUUCUUCAGGUGUGUGGUUUGUUUAUUUUUGGAUUUAAUAUCCAGAAUGGGACAGCUGAGUGUAUUUAUCACUGAUUAAAAAAACAAAAACAAACAAACAAAAAAAAAAGACUUUUAGCUAUGUUUGGA